AUGUAUCUCCCUAGGUCGUUGAUCUCCCACCUCUAUUCUCACCUUCUCCGAUCGCACCAUCCUCUUUCUCCGCCAGUGCUGAUCCUCGCAGCCCUUGAACCAGAUGCACUAUGCGCGUGCCGAAUUUUAACAGCUCUUCUUAAACGUGAUUACAUUCCUCACAAAAUUCAGCCAAUUGGUGGCUAUGGAGAUCUCGCUCGCGCUGGUGAAGAGCUUGUUCAGCCUAUGCAAACAUCGAAGGGCGGAAGCGGAGGUGUCGUGAUCUGCAUGGGAGUCGGCGGCUUAGUGGAUCUGGGUGAAAUGCUCGGCCUUGAUACCGUCGACGAAACACAAGAUCUUGGUGGUGUAGAGGUAUGGGUAAUUGACGCAAGAAGGCCGUGGAAUUUAGGCAACAUUUUCGGCAGCUAUCCCGGACACGUUCAAAGAAGCGGGACUGGGAUAGAGAACGGCCGUAUAACGAAAUCAUACAAACCAGGAAAAGGUGGGAUAAUUGUGUAUGAUGAUGGCGACAUCGAAGACGAUCUUGCCGCCGAGAGAGAUGCUUAUUGCAGCCUGGAAUCAAUGCCUGAGCUUGACGACAAUAGCGACGAAAGCGACGGCUCCGACUGUGAAGAGGACUUAGCAGAUGAUGGCAACGCCAGUUCCAAUAAGAAGAGAAAAUCAUGGUCGAGUCGAGAAGAGGAAGAUUCAGACAACGAGGAUGAGCCUCCGCGACAACGGAGGAGGAGUAAUUCAGGGUCUCCAACAUCGACGCCAAAUCCGUACAUAAUGUCGCAGCACGAUUCUUCGCAAUCCUCCCGUUCACCCUCUCCAACAUCUGACUCGCUCUCCCCUACUGCUCCAAAGCCACCAUCCGCACGUACUUUAAGACGGCGUUUAAUUCGACUGAAACGAAAAAAUGAAAAUAUCCUUCGAACUUACUAUUCGCUUGGGACUUCCUACUCCGAACCCAUUUCUUCCAUACUUUACUCUCUCGCCUCUGAACUGGGCCGUGAAGAUAAUGACCUCUUAUGGCUGGCGAUUGUGGGCGUUUGUAGCUUGGAACUAUCCGGUCGUACCAUGUCCGGUGUCGGUAUUUCAGAUUCGUCUGAAUCCGGCGGAUCGGCCGGCUGGGGUGGAACGCGAGGCGAAAAUGUUCGUCAAAUUCUUCGAGACGAGGUUCGACGGUUAAACCCCCCCGAUGAUAGUGAAAAUGGGCGCGAAGCUAUGAGGAGCGAAGUGAACGGUGUCAUACCCACUACCGGAAAAUCGCCUACAGAUACGUCUAUUUUAUUAUCUCCUGAGCCACGACUUUUACUUCUGCGUCAUUGGUCUUUAUAUGAAAGUAUGCUUCACAGCCCCUAUCUAGCACCUCGACUGCAUAUUUGGAAUGAAAGUGGCAAAAAACGCCUUCGCAAACUUCUAGCAAAAAUGGGUGUAAGUCUCACUCAAUGCCAGCAAAAUUAUACGCACAUGGACAUGGAUUUGAAGCGAGAUCUACGUCAGAAAAUGCUAAAAUACGCACCAAUGUAUGGGUUAGAUGGGCUUGUUCCAUUGCCUUCAGGAAGAUUCUCUGGAAAUCGAGAGGGAUGGGGAUUUGUUCGAAAUUGGGGAUGGAAGGCUUGCCUCUCUGCUACUGAUAUCGGUGUAAUCUUGGGUGCAAUCCUGGAAGUUGGGUCUGUCCAGCCAACAUCAUCCGUUCGUACAAACACAGAAGACACCAAAGACGCUGCUGAAAGCUCGGAAAACAAUUCAUCGGAUAAGAACUCGCCCAGUAUUCUAACCAGGUUUUGGGAUGCAUAUGAUGCUCUCUCGCCAACAUCAUCCGAAUCUCCCACUCAACUCCUCACUAGCCUUCCGUUGGCUCAGCAUUUGCAUCGUGCGAUUUUACGCACCGGAACGUCUUUACUUUCUAAAAGGCAAAUACGACAUUUACGCGCCUUUCGGAUUGCCAUAGUGAAAGAUGGCCCAGACGUCAAAACAUUCACAAAUCCGGGCGCAUUGACGAAACUCGCGUUGUGGGUGGCCGAAGCCAUUCGAAUACAAGAGAAGGAUAAGGUGGAUGGCUAUAAGAUUGCGGGUAAACGUGCCUUGGGAACACCCCUUGUCCUUGCUGGAUUAGAUGAGGAUAGAGAUGUUUACGUCGUUGUAGGUACAGGCGGCGGUGGUGGGGUUAUUGACUUUGCUGCGGUAGGCCAGCGCAAAGAAGAGCGAAAAAAGAAGAAAGAGGCGCGAGACAAAAAGAAAGCUGAACGAGAGGAACGUCGUGCACAACGUGCAGCUGAGCGCGCAGAGAAAGGAGAAGAUGAUGCAGAGGAGACGGAGGAAGAUGAAGACUCCGAAUCUUCUGGGUCAGAUUCAGAAUCUGAUGACGAACCUUUAGGCUUUGCUGCAGCACCGAAAUUUCUUAAAAACCGAUUUGGAAUUGCGUUUCAAGAAGUCGUUCGCGAGACAAAUGCGCGUGUUCGCAUUGAUAGUUUCGAGCAUUGUGUGGUUGAGGUGCAAAAGGAGGAUCUAGGAGGAUUUUUAGAGGCUCUGAGCUUUAGAAGCGUUGUUGGCUGA